AGGUGUCCCGUUGGAGAGUCUUGGAGGUGGGUCUGCCGUCGCGUGCUCUGGUUGGCCAGGCCUUGUGCGCUCAGUAGGAAAAAAGUCCCUUUUCCACUCUCCUGGGCCCUUCAACCACCACGACAACGACUCGCUUCAUCACCGCAAUUGGAUUAUUUUUUGCGAUUUUGCAAGCAUGAAUCCUGCCAUGCCGCGAAUACACAGGGUGCAGAGACUCUCGUCCUUGCACCUCGCCCUCUCACAGUCCGCCAUCCCCUCGACUGCACGACCCUCGUUCGCCGUCACGAGGCGAGCCAUCUCGUCGACAUGCGUUGCUCGCAGCAAGAAUACCGAGUGGCUGCGCAAGAAGCUCUGGAAGGGCGAAGCCCCUGGUGCUGCCGAUCCCUACACACAACGUCCGGAGCCUGAGGAGACGUCAAAUCUCCCCGACGAGGCACUCGAAGUCAACUACGAAGAGUUGCCCGAAGCUCUGCUCGACUCUAGCAUUGCUCUGCCGCCGCAGCGAACCGAAGCCACGGCCGAGCGCGAUGUUGCCGGCCUGGAGCCUACAUAUGUGCCUGCGACGACAGUUGACGGCCUCGAAGAUAUCCCCACGCUGAAGCAGUGGUGGGAUCAACCUGGAAACUGGGGCGAAGAGAGCAUAUUCCGAGCCUUUGCCAGCGCUGAGAAGGUGGUUGAAGGUGCGCCUGUUGAGGUGUAUCUUCGACGAGCCUUUGUUGAAGUGCUGGCUCUUCAAGAGACUGGCGCUUUGUCCGAGUGGGCUACACAGAAGUGGCGCGAGGGAUCGCGUGCUGAUCUGGAUUCCACUUUGGCCGCAGAGAUUACUGUUCAGGACGGUGUAGCCUCAAUCAAGGGAGAUGCCGCUGCCAUUGCUGAUAACAUUACGAGCGAUGUAGAAGAUGCAGUUGUUGAGCGCGUCUCCGUGGAGGAAGCAGAGCAGCUUGUCGCUGGUUGGGACGCUUCGUGGAAGCAGACACAACUCAACGAGCAGACAAAGUUUGCGAUUAACAAGCGUCUCUACCAAUUAACCGGCAAGCCCAUUCCCGACGCGAAGCUUGGCGCGGCGAAGACGAUUAACGACAUUUUGGUCCUUGCGACAAAGGCACCCAAGCCUAAGAGCCUCGCUGAGGAGCUUGAACUGACUGGCAGACUGGACAACCUCGCCAAUGUGUCGCUGCACAGCCGCCGAAUUACAACAAUCGACAAGGAGGUUGCCGUUGGCCGAUGGAAGGUCAUCGAGGAGGAGUUGGCCAAGAGAGGCCUGCCAUCUACCGGCUCUGGAGGCCUUGGCCGCAACAAGGAGAUGGACAGACUCUUGGGCAAGAUUUAAACAAUAAAUCGGAACGGACAGGAGAUGCAUGCCAAAAAAGGCGGGAGACGGCAGCCCUGGUGCUGCUCUGUUUGCUUGUACACUAUAUUAGAACCCUUUCAUUGUAUGUAAUAUAUGUAUGUAACUACUUUACUAUCACCCACCUAGUCGUUUACGUGAAAAGAUGCAUUAAAAGUCGCAACGGAAGCCUUAUGUGUCUUCUUUACUUAAAGCCGG